CAGAGCCAGGUGAAGUAAAGCCGAAACCCAGAGCCUGGUACAGGUUAAUACCCCGGAAAUGACUGCAGUAGCGGACCCUCGUCACCUCUCUGAAGACUGCAAAGUGGCCCAUCCUCAGGACCCUCACCACUCAUCAGAGAAACCUGCCAUUCACUGCCAUAAAUGCGGGGAGCCAUGCAAGGGCGAAGUACUCCGGGUCCAGACCAAGCAUUUCCAUAUCAAAUGUUUCACCUGCAAAGUGUGCGGCUGCGACCUGGCCCAAGGAGGCUUCUUCAUAAAGAACGGGGACUAUUUGUGCACCCUGGACUACCAGAGGAUGUACGGGACACGGUGCCACGGCUGUGGGGAGUUCGUGGAGGGCGAGGUGGUCACUGCCCUGGGCAAGACCUACCAUCCCAACUGCUUUGCCUGUACCAUCUGCAAGCGCCCGUUUCCACCCGGAGACCGAGUCACAUUCAAUGGGAGAGACUGUCUUUGUCAACUUUGUGCACAGCCGAUGUCUUCCAGCCCCAAAGAAGCCACCUGCUCAAGCAACUGCGCUGGCUGUGGAAGGGACAUUAAGAACGGGCAGGCACUGCUGGCCCUGGACAAGCAAUGGCAUUUGGGCUGCUUCAAGUGCAAGUCCUGCGGGAAGGUCCUUACCGGCGAGUACAUCAGCAAGGACGGCUCCCCAUACUGUGAAAAGGACUACCAGGGACUCUUUGGAGUGAAGUGUGAAGCCUGUCACCAGUUUAUCACAGGAAAAGUCCUAGAGGCAGGUGACAAACACUAUCACCCCAGCUGCGCACGAUGCAGCAGAUGCAACCAGAUGUUCACAGAAGGGGAAGAAAUGUAUCUUCAAGGUUCUACCGUGUGGCAUCCCGACUGUAAGCAGUCCACCAAGACAGAGGAGAAGCUGCGGCCCACCAGGACCUCCUCUGAAAGUAUUUAUUCUAGACCAGGCUCCAGCAUCCCUGGCUCACCAGGUCAUACUAUCUAUGCAAAAGUAGACAAUGAAAUACUGGAUUACAAGGAUUUAGCAGCCAUUCCCAAGGUCAAGGCAAUUUAUGAUAUUGAGCGUCCAGACCUCAUUACCUAUGAGCCCUUCUACACUUCAGGCUAUGAGGACAAGCAGGAGAGACAGAGCCUUGGAGAGUCUCCAAGGACUUUGUCUCCUACUCCAUCAGCAGAAGGUUACCAGGAUGUUCGGGAUCGGAUGAUCCACCGGUCCACCAGCCAGGGCUCCAUCAACUCCCCUGUCUACAGUCGUCAUAGUUACACUCCGACCACAUCCCGCUCACCACAGCAUUUCCACCGACCUGGCAAUGAGCCGUCCAGCGGCCGGAGCUCCCCUCUCCCUUACCGGCCCGACAACCGCCCUCUAACUCCAACUUACGCUCAGGCCCCUAAACAUUUCCAUGUUCCAGAUCAAGGGAUCAACAUUUACCGAAAACCUCCCAUCUACAAACAGCAUGAUGCAGCUGCCUUGGCAGCCCAGAGCAAGGCUUCAGAAGACAUCAUCAAGUUUUCCAAGUUCCCAGCGGCCCAGGCGCCAGAUCCCAGCGAGAUACCAAAGAUUGAGACCGACCACUGGCCUGGUCCCCACUCUCUUGCCGCCGUAGGAACUGACAUGAGACGCAGAUCUAGUGGCAGAGAGGAAGAUGAGGAGGAGCUCCUGAGACGCCGGCAACUUCAAGAAGAGCAACUGAUGAAGCUCAACUCAGGCCUGGGGCAGUUGAUACUGAAGGAGGAGAUGGAGAAGGAGAACAGAGAAAGAGCGUCCCUGCUGGCCAGUCGCUACGACUCUCCCCUGCACUCAGCCGCACAUGCUCCAUCAUCAAAAACUUCGUCUCUCCCUGGUUACGGCAAGAACGGCCUUCACCGGCCGGUUUCCACAGACUUUGCUCAGUACAACAGCUACGGAGAUGUCAGUGGCGGAGUUCGAGACUACCAGACCCUUCCAGAUGGCCACAUGCCAGCCAUGAGAAUGGACCGAGGCGUGUCCAUGCCCAACAUGUUGGAACCAAAGAUAUUUCCCUAUGAAAUGCUCAUGGUGACCAACAGAGGGCGCAACAAAAUCCUAAGAGAUGUGGAUAGAACCCGGCUGGAGCGCCACUUAGCCCCAGAAGUAUUUUGGGAAAUCUUCGGGAUGUCCAUACAGGAAUUUGACAAGUUACCUCUUUGGAGACGCAACGACAUGAAGAAAAAAGCUAAACUCUUCUAAGUCCCCCGAAUAAAUGACAAUCAGGAAGUGAC